GACCUAUAAAAUACAUGUAUUCUAUAGUUCUUUGAUAAGAUAGAACCUGGUCCUAGUACCUAUCAAACAGAUUUUUGACUACAGACAACAAACAUGAUUUAAAUUUAAGUCGGUUUAACAGUACAUAAACGCCGGUCAGUCGUGAAUGCAAUCAAGCAGGCGUUAAAAAAUAAAAUGGCGGCGACAGCUCUCUCCGCUGAACAAUGCAAACAUUGGGAAAAAUCAGGGAAACAAGAAUUUCUCAAGUUCUGCAAUGGAGUUGGAGAUAGAACUGUGCUGUCAUCCCUUGGGAACAGGGACUUCAGGCAUGCUGUGUAUGAUGUUUGCCAGCAUGUGGUGAAGGGAAAUCUCAAAGUGGAGCAGGCUGUUCAUGUGUUCACAGAUUUAAAGGACAGAUACCCAGAUCUGGUCUCCCUGGUUGCUGAUGUCCUCAGUUUGGCUGAUGUAGAGCUGAGCCUUGUAGAGGAGGUUAAGGGGGCCAGGGAUAGACUGCAUGCCUUUAUCCAGACUGUUGCACUGGCCUUUGAUUGUGAGGCUCUGUUAAAGACACGAUUGGAUCCUGAAACCUUGGAGAAUACGGGCCUUGUAUCAAACAAAAGCGGUUUCACGCAAAAACAUGUCAAAAUAAAGACCAGACUCUACUACAAGCAGCAGAAGUUCAACCUGUUACGUGAGGAGAGUGAGGGCUAUGCUAAGCUUGUGACCGAACUCAACCAGGAGAUCACAGACAAGCUCACACCUGCCGUGGUCCUACAGAACAUCAAAUCUCUCAUUGGCUGUUUCAACCUGGACCCAAAUCGUGUCAUAGACAUUCUCUUGGAGUCGUUUGAAAACAGACCAGAGCUGGAGCAUUUCUAUGUUGAGCUCAUACGUUCCUAUGUAAAGGACACCGACACACUUUGCCACUGCCUAGGCUUCAAGUUCCAGUUCUUCAAGGAUGAGGCAACUCCAACCUCCCUGUUCAAACUUGCUGCUCUGCUUCUCAAAAAUGAUCUCAUUCAACUUGAGACUCUGUAUCCACAUCUACAUCCUCCGGACGCCACGAUCCUUGAGCACAGCAAGAAGGAGAUGGCGGACGCUAAGACGUACGCGCGCAAGCUGAUGGUGGUCAAUCUGUCUGACAAGGCCAACGAGGAGAAGGCCAAGGAGGAGGAGGCACUCAAAGUGGACGUGCAUGAAAAUAAUCAGAAACUGGGCCUGGUGGAAGCCUUACUGAGUAUUGGAGCCUGGGACCAGUCUAAAUGCAUGUUAGACUGGCUGCCGGAAUUCUUUGCCACAACCCACAAGCCUGUGGCUGCUGCCCUUUGUGUGAUGAUACACACUGCCAUGGAACCAGCGUACAGGAAAUAUAGUGGACUUACCACCAAGCUGGCGUCUAAGUGGAAAAAGCCAGAUGAGAUGGGCUGUGCAGUUCCCAGAGCGAGCACAUACAAGGAGCUGAACACACUGGUGUUUCCCAUGGUUACCUACCUGGGCCCCUACAUAGCCUGUGACCCGGUUCUGCUUGUGAAGCUGAUAAGGCUGGGCAAGGAGUAUAUGAACAAGAGGAAGCAGAGCACAAUGUCGGUGGAUGACAACAGCCUGUAUUUUGGUCUGCUGAACAUCCUGGAUGAAGUGCUACUGCCCAGUCUCUCAUUCCUCUCCUGUAACUGCUGUGUGUCUGAGGAGCUGUGGGGCCUGGUGAAGAUGUUCCCUUAUGAACUCAGGUACAGAGUGUACGGUAACUGGAAGAAUGAGCUCUACAACUCUCACCCCCAGCUGAUCAAGGUGAAGGCUGACUGCCUUGAGAAGUCCAAGUACAUCAUGAAGCGUCUGGCUAAAGAGAAUGUGAAGAUAUCAGGUCGGCAGCUUGGCAAAUUGAGUCACAGUAACCCAGGAGUUCUCUUUGAAUAUAUCAUCCGUCAGAUUGAGAAGUACGACAACCUGAUUGGUCCAGUUGUUGACGCCCUCAAGUAUCUGACCAAUCUGUCAUAUGACAUGCUCAUAUUCUGUAUAAUUGAAGCAGUGGCUGGUCCUGAGAAAGAGAAGACAAAACUGGGUGAAACCAGUCUAGCAGGCUGGCUACAGAGUCUGGCCAAUUUUGCUGGGUCUAUAUGUAAGAAAUAUCAAGUGGAGCUUUCUGGCCUUAUGCAGUAUGUUACCAAUCAACUGAAAGCAGGGAAAAGUAUUGACCUGCUGUUGAUGCGUGAGAUAGUGCAGAAGAUGGCUGGCAUUGAGAUCUCUGAGGAGAUUACCAAGGACCAACUGGACGCCAUGUCUGGCGGAGAACUGCUCAGGCAAGAGGGAGGUUACUUCACGCAAGUGCGCAACACGAAGAAGUCGUCAAGUCGCCUCAAGGACACCGUGCUAGAACACGACCUCGCUCUUUCCCUGUGCCUUCUCAUCUCCCAACACAGGGACGCAGUCAUAUACAAGGAGGGUGCCAGGCAUCUCAAACACUUUGGCAAACUCUACGAUCAGUGCCAGGACACACUGGUGCAGUUUGGCAGUUUCCUGUCCAUGCAGCUGUCCACAGAGGAGUUUGUGAAGCGCCUGCCCCCCAUAGACAAGAUGGUGGGGGAGUACCAUGUACCCCCGGACGCUGCAUUCUUCCUCUCCAGGCCACUCUACAGCUAUGACAUUAAUGCCAAGUAUGAUGAGUUGCGCAAGGCAGAGAGAGCAGACAAAGACAAGAAGGAUAAAAUGUCAUCAUCUACCAAGAUUCAGAAAUACAUUGAAGCCUCUGAACUUGUGAUGACCCCUGUUGUUGAGAAUGUCAGGCCUUUGCAGUCCCCGAAAAUCUGGGAAGAUCUCAGCCCGACAUUCUACGUGACUUUCUGGGCACUUUCUAUGUACGACAUUCAUGUGCCCAACGCAGCCUAUGAGAAACAGAUCAGCCAUCUGCAGGCACAGGCUCUCAGUGUUGAUGACAACAAAGACAUGCCUCAGAGCAAGCGGAAGAAGGAGAAGGAGCGCUGCAGCCAGCUGAUAGACAAGCUCAAAGAGGAGGAGAAGAGGCAGACGGAGCACGUCCAGCGAGUCAACGCACGCCUCAAGGCACAGAGGGAGCAGUGGUUUGUGUCACGUGCGACUAAGAAUGAGACCAUAACCCAGUUCCUGCAGCUCUGUAUCUUCCCACGCUGCUGUUUCACUGCCAGUGAUGCAGUCUACUGCGCAGAGUUCAUACACAUUCUACACAGCCUGAAGACACCCAACUUCUCAACACUCAUUUGCUAUGAUCGGAUAUUCUGUGAUAUAACCUACACGGUUUCUUCGUGCACUGAAAACGAAGCCCAAAGGUACGGGAGGUUCCUGUGUGCUGCCCUGGAGACUGUCAUGAGGUGGCAUAGCAACAAGGAAUUCUAUGACAAGGAGUGUGGCACGUACCCCGGGUUUGUGACUGUGUUCAGAAAAGGAGAGAACUCCAACACAAAGGCCGACCAGCUUGACUUUGAGAACUACAGGCAUGUCUGUCACAAGUGGCACUUCCGCAUCACCAAGGCCAUGGUCGCCUGCAUUGAGUCUGGCAAUUACAUACAGAUCAGGAAUGCACUCAUUAUUCUCACCAAGAUCCUGCCCCACUACCCCCGUAUACUGCAGUUCGGGUCUCCACUGGAGCGCAGGGUGGACAGGCUGAAACAGGAGGAAAAGGAGAAGAGGCCGGACCUGUUUGCCCUGGCCAUGGGAUAUUCUGGCCAGCUGAAGGCAAAAAAGAGCACCUGGGUGCCUGAACACGAGUUUCAUGUCAGGGAUAAAGAGAAGAAGCAGGGAGCCGGGUCAUCCCAGAGUGUGAGUGCUCAGAGCAGCCUGGAACCAGUGGGGGGCAAGAUCGAGGCCCUCAAUGGGAAAGACAAACCCGCCAAGCUGCUCAAUGGAGACAAGAAUGGUCCAGUGAAAGAUAAAGACAUGAAGAGGACCAAGUUGACAGAGAAGACGGUGGAGAAGUCAAAGUCUGAGGAGAAGGUGAAGGUCACUGCUGGAGCAGAGUCGAGAGCUGGUACAGAGUCCAAGAAGUCAGCCAGUGAGACAGAUAGAAGGGAGGAGGCCACAGCAGGGCAAGAUUUAGACAGGGUUAAAGUAGAUGCAAAAUCAGAUAAAAAAGACGACAAGACCAAUAAGAAAGAUGACAAAGUUGUGGUAAAAGAGAAAAUAAGCAAGUCAAAGGAUGACAGGGUCGAUGGUAAAGUCAAGGUAAAGAAGGAGCAGGACACUAAGGAUGACUCUAGGAACAUUGUCACUCCCCUGAAACUGAAGGUUAAGGUCAAGGAAGAAAAGGUGGAGGAACCGGAGGGCCCAAAGAUUGAGAGGAUGGAGAAGAGGGGCAAGAGUAAGGAGAGGGUGUCCGAGGGGCAGGUCAGGGGUAAGGGGGACAGGGAAGGGGACAGCCAUGACGGGAAAGUGAAGUCAAAGGAGAUUAAGGAGAAAGAAGAGGAACUGCAAGCAAGACUGGAAAGAAUCAAGAACGAAAAGUCACGAGAGAAGGAAGCACGUCGAGAGAAGCAGGAGAGGAAGAAGAGGAGUCACAGCCCGGAGGAAGCAGCAGCGGGUGGCAGCGCUGGAUCGCGGGACCAGGAGGAACCAGACUGGGAGCCAGCCAACACUACCACCAUCACUACGGGCCACCACAACAGGCACACACCGGACGUCUCACCAAGGCACCCGGACGAGAGAGAUUCCAAACGGAGGAAAACUGAUGUUGGUGCAUCUGGGUCAAAGGAGGACACGGGAUUAAUGCCUAAAUCCCGCCACAGACAUAGUGCUUCCCCAGAAAGGGACCGGGAUCGUGAAAGGAAGGAGAAAAAGAGGAGGAAGGAAGCAAAAGCCACCUUCAAUGAUGCUGAUUCUUCUCAUUCAAAUAGUUUUGAUUACGAGGAAAGAACGGACAAUGAUGCAGCUGUUUACCAGCCCAAGAAACGUAGAAGUCUGGAAACUCCAGUUCGCUCAAGCAAGCAGAAUGGUGACUCUGAUGAGAGACGGAAAGAGGAAUACGACCGUGACCUGGAGGACGGACAUGCACGCGCAGGCUCCAGCAGGAAGGGGGCGAGAGAUGACGAGCAUGAACAUGAGAGGUCAGAAAGCAAGGACAGGGAAAGGAAAAAGGACAGAUCAUUGAGCAAGCGGUCAAAGAAAUCUUGAAGACUGAAGAUGUACCAUUUUGUGAAAAUGGAGUGUAUCAACAUUGCCAGAUUCUUGUUAUGGACUCUGAAUUGCCUCUAUAACAGCUCAACAACUUUCUGGAAUAAUGUUGAUUGUUUGCAAUUCUAUUUAGAUGUACU